CCGAUAGGGCCGAGUGAACAGUCAGUAAGACAGGUUGGUUGCACAUGUAAUUUUUUGGCUAAACAAAGACAUAAAUACAAAAAGAAUAAUGGCUAUUGAUCUUCCACCGGAGUAUGGUUUUAUUGUUUUAACAGCAUUGAUUAGCUGGAUUAUGGUUACUUACCUUGGUGCGAAAGUGGGCCAAGCUCGAAAGAAGUAUGGUGUGAAAUACCCUUUGAUGUAUGAUAGCAAAGAACCGAUGUUUAACUGCUACCAAAGAGCUCACCAGAACACGCUUGAGCAGAUUCCAUAUUUCCUACUUUUCCUUCUACUUGGUGGCAUUCAGCAUCCAGGUGUUUGCAUAGUGUGUGGUCUAAUUUGGAUUGUGAGUCGCUUGUCAUAUGCUUUUGGCUACUACACCGGAGAUCCGGAGAAACGUCUGAAGGGAGUAUAUGGUUACAUUGGUUUGUUUGGUUUGAUUGCUGCAACUAUCUCAUUUGCACUACACUUACUCCAGUGGAUCUGAUCUGAAUAGACAGAGUGUGAUCUAGAAUGAUCUAAGUACAGAUAAGAAAGGCAUUUAACUUGACAUACAGUAUUUUAAAUUAAAACCAAAAAAAAAUAGUACUGUACUUCAAAAUUAAUGUUGAUUAUAAUAAUUAUGAUGAUAGUAAUGUGCAAAAAUGAAGCUUUCAACUACUGCAGCAGAAUAGGUGGACUUCGAUACUUUUAUGCAAAUUGUAUUGAAAUGAAAUGUGAAAUUAUUUAAUUUCAAAGCUACCAGCUGUAACAUUUAUUUCUAGAGAAUACAUUGCAAUAACUUAUAUGAAUAUAUUUGGUGUUUGAUGACCAAAGGUGAAUGUUAAACUAAUGUAGUAAUAUUUGAGUAUUCUGUUUUCCCCUUGCUAAACCUCUUCACCCACUUGUCGUCACCCUCUUCUCUUACCUCUUUCUCAUAAGCCUAUUUUCUUCACCAUGUUCACCUGCACUUGAAUUUCAUCACCUUCAUAGAAAUGUUUUCACUCUUUUUACCCAUCUUAGCCGCCUCCUCUUCACCCAUCUAUUUUCAUUUUAUCCCUCUUUAGAUUUCCCUCUUCAUCCCUUUUACCUAGCCAUUUUUUUCCUUCCCUCUUUACAUUCUCUAAACAUAGUUCCUUUAUCAAUUUUUUAUCUUCACCCCUCUUAUUCUUGCUUUCACUUUCUCUCUCUUCACUCCACCCUCUUAACCCCUUCACCCUCUCCUCCAACCUUUAAAACAUUGUACUACAUUCAUUCCAUUGAUACAUUAAGAAAACAUUCCAGAAGUACAGAUUAAGGUAAUUGUGCUAUUAUUAAUUAUGAUAAGAAUUUGUGAUUUAGUUGAAUUUUAAAUUAUAUAAACCCCACUUAGAUUUAUGUUACUAAAAUAAUGAUCAUUAAUGUAAAAUCAUUUGCAGGAGUUGCAUUGGCUAAUGACUAUAGGUGCUGUGUGCAUCUGGAUUAAUACCUCCAAAUGCAGUGAUUUCAUCCAUCCAUCGUCUGUUUUGCCUUCCCCGUCAUUUGAUUUGGUUGCUUGGGUCUACUUUGUGGUUUUCCCAUGUGCAUCUGUCAUCCUUCUACCUUACCUAUAUGACCAUCCCUUCUCCAUUUCUUUGAUAUAAUUGUCUUAAUAAUCCUGCAUUUCCCCUCAGUGUAUUUUCUACCAUUAUUCUUUCCGUAGCCCUCUCUGUGACCCUUAGUUUUGUUCUCUAGACUUUUACUGGGUGUCCAUGUUUCAGCAUUAUUUGUAAAGACAGGUAUGAUUAAAUAAUAUUGUCUUUCCAGGGAUACAAUAAAGGCGUGUUUAAUUUAAUGCAAGACUAGAAUAAGUGUAAAUCUUUUAUAUCUAUAUACUUGCUUCUAAGAAAAGCUCUCAAUUAUCUUUCUAAAAUGAAAAUAGCAUUUUCUUCAGCCUUAUAUUAAAUUUCAGGUAAAAUUGUUAGUUAUAUAUCUGAUGUUUUAUAUAAAUUAACUUUAGUACUACUGUACCAUGAGUACAGUAUACAGUAAUAUAUCUUGAAAAUUCAAACUGAAAUGUUUUUUGGUAAUUUUCUAAUAAUUAAAUUAGUAACAAAAGUAAAUAUGUAGAAUUAAGCAUACUUGAAACAAACCACCAGUAUGAUAUUGAGUAUGAAAAUAGUAAUUUCUAUUGUAUAUUUAUUACUAUUGUAUGAAUAGUGCAUUGUAUUUAAUAUUGAAUGAAUGACGUUUUUAGAUAAUGCAUUCCUCUGACGUGAUAUAUACCUAUUUUAACUUGUGGGUUGUAAAUUUUGUGAAUUUUAUUAUGGUAUUAAUGUUAUAGUGUCGAAUUAAAGAUUUUGAAUCAAGAA